AUGCGCGAGGUAGAUCAGGAAACUGGAGAGGAUCUGAACCCCCGGAAGGAAUCGGACUCAACGUCACCGCAAGAGAAAGCUGGCCCCAAAUUACGCGAUGUGGAUGAAGCGGACGUGGAUGGAGUACGUAAUCCCGACCGUCCCGAUGCUGGCUCUACCUCGGGCUUAUUGUUUGGUCGACGAAAGGAAACCAACCUAGAUGAAGACCUAGAAUCUGGCCCCAAAAGAAAAGUUCAGCGGAUAAGCAGCCCCGAGCGUUGGGAGCUGAAACAGAUGAUGUCAGCUGGUGUAGUUGAAAAAACUGAGCUCCCGGAUUUUGACGAGGAAACCGGGCUUCUACCCAGGGAAGACGAAGAAUCUGACGAGGAUAUUGAGAUCGAAUUAGUGGAAGAAGAGCCUCCAUUUUUGAAAGGGCACGGGCGUCACGCCAUGGAUUUGUCUCCAGUGCGGAUCGUUAAGAAUCCUGACGGAUCUCUCCAACAGGCUGCGAUGAUGCGCCAGGCAUUGCAGAAGGAGCGCCGUGAAAUGAAACAACAGGAACGUCAAAGUCAAAUGGUAGCCGAACGUGAGGCUGCCCCUGAACGUAUGGGGAAGGACUGGCAUGACCCCAUGGCAAAUACAAUGGAUAUUAAGCCACAAUAUGGUGGUCCUCGUGGCUCUGAUCAAUUCAAGGACGUUCCAGAGUGGAAGCGCGCUGUACAAGGUGGAACACGAACAGGCGCUGUUGGCAAAAAAAUCGUUCGUUCGAUUUUGGAACAGCGUCAGAGCUUACCGAUCUUCAAGCUGAAAGAUGAGCUGCUUAGCGUGAGUCUAGCUCUGCGGAAUAUUUCUCUUAACUGUUGCAUUCUUAUUGGCAUACAUCUGUACUUCACCUUUUGCAACAUUUAUGGUGUCGUGUGGAGUCUCGAAUGCCGCUUUGCUUCUCUCGCCACCCUCUGA